AUGGCCACCCUCUGCACUAACCGCAGACGCUGGGACCUGGCCAUGUUGCCUCCAUGGCCGGCGAGGAGCCAGCCACUGAGCGUGGCCAGCGGGCAGAGUCAUCGGGAGGAGACGGUGGUGGCGGUGUUCAGUGCGGCCCAGCAGGGUCGGACUCAGGGCGACACGACGGACGACAGAAGGAAGCCCCGCGCCCUCCUCGCCACCGUGACAUUGCAGCCUAUGGCUGCAGCCGCGAUGCGCAUCCGCUGGCCCUGGUCCCUUGGACACCUGGCACGACCGCGCCAGUUCCGUCCAUCACCUCCUCUGGGCACAGAGGACACGGAGGCGCGGGCGCGCCGAGCGGUCCGGGUGUGGGGCUGCGGGACGAGUCCUGCAGCAAACAAGCAUAAGCCAUGGCUUGAGCCCACGUACCAUGGCAUCAUUACCGAGAACGACAAUACGGUCCUCCUCGACCCCCCUCUGAUCGCCCUGGAUAAGGACGCACCUCUGCGCUUCGCAGAGAGUUUUGAGGUGGCAGUCACCAAAGAAGGUGAGAUUUGCAGAUUUAAAAUUCACGGGCAGAACGUGCCCUUUGAAGCCGUGGUGGUGGAUAAGUCCACUGGCGAGGGGCUGAUCCGCUCCAAAGAGAAGCUGGACUGUGAGCUGCAGAAGGACUAUACAUUCACCAUCCAGGCCUACGACUGUGGCAGGGGGCCCGAUGGCGCGGAGGUGAAGAAGUCCCACAAAGCCACUGUGCACAUCCAGGUGAACGAUGUGAACGAGUACGCGCCGGUGUUCAAGGAGAAGGCCUACAAGGCCACGGUCGUCGAGGGCCGGCAGUACGACAGCAUCCUGCGGGUGGAGGCGCUCGACGCCGACUGCUCCCCCCAGUUCAGCCAGAUCUGCAGCUAUGAAGUGGUCACCCCAGACGUACCGUUCACCGUAGACAAAGAUGGUUUUAUCAAAAACACAGAGAAGUUGAACUACGGCAAAGAGCACCAGUACAAGGUGCACUGUCCCACCCUGCCCUUGGAUAAGGAGCCCCUGGUGCUGCCGGCGGGCAGUGCCGCCCCGGGCCCCGCCGAGCUGCUGCCCUCCCCGAGCAGCGCCCUGAACUGGACCGCUGGCCUCCCCACCGACAACGGCCAUGACAGCGACCAAGUGUUCGAGUUCAACGGCACACAGGCGGUGAGGAUCCCAGACGGCAUCGUCGCCGUCCACCCCAGAGAGCCCUUCACGAUCUCGGUGUGGAUGCGGCACGGGCCUUUCAGCAGGACGAAGGAGACCAUUCUGUGCAGCUCGGACAAAACAGACAUGAACCGGCACCACUAUUCACUCUACGUCCACGGCUGCCGGCUCGUUUUCCUCCUCCGCCAGGACCCUGCCGAGGAGAAGAAGUACAAGCCAGCAGAGUUCCACUGGAAGCUGAGCCAGGUCUGCGACAGUGAGUGGCACCACUAUGUCCUCAACGUGGAGCUGCCCAGCGUGACGCUGCACCUGGACGGCGCCGAGCACGAGCCCUUCUCCGUCAUGGCGGAUUACCCGCUUCACCCGUCCCGGAUAGAGACCCAGCUCGUGGUUGGAGCCUGUUGGCAAGAGCUUUCAGGACUUGAGACUGACAAUGAGACCGAGCCCGUGGCCAUGGCCCCUGCAGGUGGUGACCUGCAUAUGACUCAGUUUUUCCGAGGGAACCUGGCUGGCCUCACAAUCCGCUCUGGGAAAGUCGCUGAUAAGAAGGUCAUCGAUUGUCUAUAUACCUGCAAGGAGGGGCUAGACCUGCAAGUCCUAGAAGACAGCAGCAAGGGCCUGAAGAUCCAAGUGAACCCCAGCCACUCGGCAUUGACCUUGGAGGGAGAGGACAUCGGAGAGUUGGAUAAGGCCAUGCAGCACAUCUCCUACCUGAACUCGCGCCAGUUCCCCACACCUGGGAUUCGGAGACUCAAAAUCACCAGCGCAGUCAAGUGCUUCAACGAGGCCCCCUGCAUCUCCAUCCCCCCAGUGGACAGCUACGUGAUGGUUUUGCAGCCAGAGGAGCCCAAGAUCAGCCUGAGCGGCGUCCACCACUUUGCGCGGGCGGCCUCUGAAUUCGAGAGCCCGGAGGGCGUGUUCCUCUUCCCCGAGCUUCGCAUCAUCAGCACCAUCACUCGGGAAGUGGAGCCCGAACACGACGGGGACGAGGACCCCACAGUUCAAGAGUCCCUGGUGUCCGAAGAGAUUGUGCACGACCUGGACACGUGUGAGGUCACCGUGGAGGGAGAGGACCUGAACCGAGAGCAGGAGAGCCUCGAGGUGGACCUGACGCGCCUGCAGCAGAAGGGCAUCGAGAUGAGCAGCUCCGACCUGGGCGUGGUGUUCACAGGUAAGGGUCUGGGACGGGCCAGGCAGGUGGGCACUCGAUGGCUCAGCCAGCUGCCUGCUCAUGCCUGUGUGGGUGGCCAUAGGGCAGCUUCCAGUGUCUCUGGACCUCUUGUCAGUGUGAGUGAUUGGGGUGCCGGCGGGGGCGGGGCUGGACUCACCCGCCCGUCUCCAUGUCAGACAUACGAGGACCAGCACAGCAGCGAGGAGGAGGAGGAAGAGGAGGAGGAGGAGAGUGAGGAGGGCGAGGAGGACGACGACAUCACCAGCGCUGAGUCGGAGAGCAGCGAGGAGGAGGAGGGGGCGCACGGGGACCAGCCCAGCGCCAGCAGGCAGCAGCAGCUGGAGUGGGACGACUCCACCCUCAGCUACUGACCGGUCGCAGUGGCUCCUCCCUCCUCGGCUAUCCUCUUUUCUGCUUCCAGGACUGCUGCCCCCACCCUCUCCACCCCAAGGAUCCACGAUGUAAAAAGUCAUUGUUUGGCCAGUAGGUCUGCAGACCCUCCCUGGUGCCUGUCGUCUGCCCCUGCUUGGUGUAUAGGACUUAGGCUCCCCGCCCUCUGCCUGGAUCCCGACCACGUGGAGCGACCCCCACAGCCUCCGCCGUUAUCUCUGCACAGUGACCCACAGUGCCGGACACACACACACACACACACAAACACACACACAGUGUCCGCAGGCCCUUGCUGGCCUGCUGCAAUGCAGCCGUGCCCGCUCCAGGUGCUGUCCUGACGGCCGGCUGCCUGGGGUAACGCUGUUCCCUCCCACCCGGUAACCGCUGCUUUGGUUUGUCUCCGUCCCACCUUCCCCGCCCUCCCCCUUUUUUAAGUCUGUUUUUUUCCAAACCUAGUGCAUGUAUAAAAUGGCAGAAUGGGGUUACUAUGUAGAUGAUUAACUGAGUUUUUAAUAUUUUGUAAAUAAAUUGGAACUCUGGUGUCCUUUGCGCUAGUGUCAUCAAGGACUGGAAUUUAAGGUGAAAUCCAGGUGACAGGGCUGUCCAGCCCCCACCUGCUCCCCGCCCCCAGGUCAGCUCAGUACAAUCCAGCCUCAGGUCUCCUCCGGUGGGUGGGACAGCAGGGCAGGGGUCAGGUGGGGAGGCCUUGGGGGCCUGGGCUGGCUUGGCAUUGGGCCAGUACGGGUGUUGCUGGGACCCGGGGCCCCUUUCUUACUCCUUGUCCACCCCAGCACUUCUUACAUGAUGAACCGACAACCGUUGUGCAGACCAUCCAGGCACUUGUCUGGGGAUGGCAGCAAGCCCACGAGCCGGACUCGGGAUGGCUGAGAAGCUGGGUGGGCUGUCAGGAGCCUCCCCAGCCAGAGGCCACAUUCGGCCCGUCCAACCUCCCCAGGCUGACCCUGCCCCAGGGCGUCACGGCCACGCCCAGUGGCAAGCAAGGAAGAGACUGAAAACCCACAUGGCCACUUUUCUCUUUUUAUUAUGAUUAAUUUAAAUGUAAAAUUUUAGAUUUCUAAAACAGGGCAGGGAGGGCUGUCAUUUUGACUACUGUCCUGUGGUCAUCACUGCUAGUUUCCAGAAAACGGACGGUCACCUGUGUCUGUGUGUAGCCAUCUUCCAUGCCCGCCACUGUAGCUGCUCUGUGUAGACCACUGAGAACCCAUUUGGGGGGGCGGGGGGAGGGGGGCACGUGUGUCCUUAGCUGCCCCAGGUGUCACUCUUAAGAUGUGUCUAUCGAUGCUAGGUCAGAAAGUGUAUCUGCUACAAUAAAGUUCUGGUUCUAACUCCA